GUCGGCCGCCGUAAGUAGCGGCGGUUCCGGUGUGCGCCCGGAUGACGUGGCGGGAACGGCGGAAGCGGCGCCUCCUUUUCUUCGGUGGCGGCUGGUGGCGAUGGGGAUGGCGCCGGCCGGACUUGUGUGGUGCGUGGUGGCCUCGUUGGUGUUGCAAGGCCGGGCCGACGAACAUGAGCACACGUACCAAGAUAAAGAAGAGGUUGUUUUAUGGAUGAAUACUGUAGGACCCUAUCACAAUCGCCAGGAAACAUACAAAUAUUUCUCUCUCCCUUUUUGUGGUGGAUCAAAAAAAAGCAUUGGUCACUACCAUGAAACCCUGGGAGAAGCACUUCAAGGAGUUGAAUUAGAAUUCAGUGGUCUGGACAUUAAAUUUAAAGAGGAUGUGAUGCAGACAACAUACUGUGAAAUAGACUUGGAUAAACAAACAAGAGAUGCAUUUGUUUAUGCUAUCAAAAAUCACUAUUGGUAUCAGAUGUACAUAGAUGAUUUGCCAAUAUGGGGCAUUGUUGGUGAAGCAGAUGAAAAUGGUGAAGAUUACUAUCUGUGGACAUACAAAAAACUUGAAAUAGGUUAUAAUGGAAAUAGAAUUGUAGAUGUGAAUCUGACAAGUGAAGGCAAAGUUAAACUGGUUCCUAACACCAAAAUCCAAAUGUCUUACUCGAUUCAUUGGUUUUCAAUCUUCAAUUCUUUUAUGAUGGUUAUUUUCCUGGUGGGCUUGGUUUCUAUGAUUUUAAUGAGGACAUUGAGAAAAGAUUAUGCACGGUACAGUAAAGAAGAAGAAAUGGAUGAUAUGGAUAGAGAUCUGGGCGAUGAAUAUGGAUGGAAGCAAGUUCAUGGAGAUGUCUUCAGACCGUCUAGCCAUCCUUUAAUAUUCUCAUCCCUUAUUGGUUCUGGUUGCCAGAUCUUUGCAGUUUCUUUCAUAGUGAUCAUUGUUGCAAUGCUGGAGGAUUUAUAUACAGAGAGAGGAUCAAUGCUAAGUACCGCUAUUUUUGUUUAUGCUGCAACAUCCCCAGUGAAUGGCUACUUUGGAGGAAGCCUUUAUGCCAGACAAGGAGGAAGACGAUGGAUAAAGCAGAUGUUCAUUGGGGCAUUUCUUAUUCCUGCAAUGGUGUGUGGCACAGCCUUCUUCAUUAAUUUCAUUGCAAUUUAUUAUCAUGCAUCAAGGGCUAUUCCCUUUGGGACAAUGGUGGCAGUAUGUUGCAUCUGCUUCUUCGUGAUUCUUCCCUUGAACCUUGUUGGAACAAUACUUGGGCGGAAUCUUUCGGGUCAACCAAACUUCCCCUGUCGAGUCAAUGCUGUUCCUCGUCCAAUCCCUGAGAAAAAAUGGUUUAUGGAACCAGCUGUUAUUGUUUGCUUGGGUGGGAUUCUGCCAUUUGGAUCAAUUUUCAUUGAAAUGUAUUUUAUCUUCACCUCCUUCUGGGCUUAUAAAAUCUAUUACGUCUAUGGUUUCAUGAUGUUAGUACUCGUUAUCCUCUGCAUUGUUACUGUGUGUGUGACAAUCGUGUGUACAUAUUUUCUACUGAAUGCAGAAGAUUAUCGGUGGCAAUGGACGAGUUUUCUGUCUGCUGCUUCAACUGCAAUCUACGUUUACAUGUAUUCCUUUUAUUACUACUUUUUCAAGACAAAGAUGUAUGGUUUAUUUCAGACAUCAUUUUACUUUGGAUAUAUGGCAGUGUUUAGCACAGCUCUGGGAAUAAUGUGUGGAGCUAUUGGCUAUAUGGGAACAAGUGCCUUUGUCAGAAAAAUCUACACCAAUGUGAAAAUCGACUAAGGAAACUGAACUCUGGAACAGUUCAUAUUUGGGGUGGGGGGUGGGGCAGAGUAUAUAAACUUGCACACCAAAAAAGCGCAAGAAGAAAACUGUGCGUUUAACACUGGGCACUCUGUGGGUCUCUCUCUCUCUCUCUCAUGCGGAUCAUUUAAAGAAACAUCUCUUUUCACUGAUCCUAGUUCUUACUGACUUCCUCCAACUGUUCGCGGCAAAGGCUUGGAUUGUACUCCCUAGGCAUUACCACAGUACAUGCUUAUCUCCCCAAAAACUAGCUCAUAAAGGUGAAAUAGACUAGCUCUCUUCAGUGAAGAGGACAAACUGUAUUUAAGCAUUUGUUCCAUUCUAUUAAAAAGGAAAGUAAAAUAUGUGGUUCCUAAAACUCCUGAUUAGUUACUGAUACUUAAAUUACUGUUCUGGAAAGAUUUAUUCUCUCCAAGUUUUAGCGCUGUUUGACAGGGUAAAGAAACGCCAGGUGGUAACAGGAUAACUUGCAAUAUCACCUACUAAAAUGUAUUUGUUUAAGAACAGAAAUAUUUGCAUGCAAUAUCAGUUUAAUAGGACCAACUUUCCAUUUAUUCAUCAUAAAGGAAUUUCCAGCUAUAUUUGAGAGCCAUCCAAAGAAAUAAUAUACAAAGGUAGAAUUCUCUGCACUGCAAUUUUUGUACAGUUAGCAAGCAAAAAUGUUAAAUGAAGAUGAUGCAUUUUGUUUUUAUUCCACAUUUGGAGGUCUAGAUUAAAAAUAACUGAAUGUCUACAAUGAUUUAUUUCUUUUCUCUCCCCCCCCCCGUCUCAGCCACAUACUCCCUAUCCCCGGUUUGGAGUGUUUACUUGAUAAUUUAAAAGGGGUAACAAAUGUAUAAAACAUUGAAUGAUGUAACUUAGAUGUAGCUCCCAAAUGUAUUUGGUUGUACAGAUUUACUAAAGAAUACUUUUUUUGAUGAUUCAGUGUACAAAUGUGUGAAUUUAGGUGGCUUUUUACAUCUUGCCUGCUGUUGCAUGAAAUGUUGGGGGUUUCCUUGCAAUGUAUGUGUCAUGUUUUUUUGUUGACUGAAGCUCUUUCAAAAAGCAAAACCGUGUAAUUUAUAACAGUUUAAUUUUUGUUUAGUUCCCUCUGGACACUUGUGUAAUAUCUAAAGCAGUGCUGCUUUAAGUGUUCAGAAAAUUUAAAAUAAACUUUUCAGACAAAUGUUCUGAUUGUGGAAAAGUAGAUAAAUUUGCAGUUUAUUUUUGUUUUAAGGUAGGACCUCUGAAUACCAGUUUCUGAAUAAAGCACUCUUUUAUUCUUCAGAGAACAAAACCAGAAGGAUUGUUGCAGUCUAAUUCCAGCCUGCUUUGUUCAGGGGAACCUGUGGCCCAUCAGAUACUUCUCCCUUCAUCCCUGACUAUUGGCCAUUGCAUCUGGGACUGAAAGGAAGAAGACUUCAGCAACGUUGAGGGGUCCACAGUCCCCGUCUCCCCAUCUAGAAAGAAUUUGCCAGGUUUAUAAGAAGCAGGUUCCCAUUGAAACAAUAUAGUAUGUAGUGGAAGAAGAGUACUUACAGCAGGCCUUUGGAGCUUUUUGUUUUCAAGAUGUUUUGAGGCAAAUUUCAGUAUGUAACCCCAAGUCAUAUUUGCUGCCAAGGAGGUAUUCUACCCAGAAUUCAAAUUGAUGUGCAUUUGUUGAUUCUGUAGUGUGUGUAUGUGUGUUUGUGUGUGCGUGUGCGUGUGUAAAAGACAGAGAGAGAAGAUAAGCUCCUAUGGAAUUUGUUUUCAUAUUGAGAAAUAAUUGUGCAAGAGAAAUAAAUCCAAUUCACAGUAAAGGAAUUGAACCUUUAAUCUGGAAUAUGAUGCCUCCAAUCAAUUAUUUUCCUAAGGCAGUAGAGAAAUAUUACAUGAUUUUAGUCCUCUGGUUUUGGUUAUAUUUACAGUUCAGUCUAUAAACCCAGUCAUUUAAUUUCUAAAUUGUGGGUGAAAUCUGUCACAGACUAUGGCUGUACUGCUGCUUUUCCUUUCAUUGAGGCUUGCAGUGAGCUGAAACACUGCGCAAGCCAUAUUAAUAUGAUUAUAGUUGUUCAGCAGAAUUGCGUCUCUAUCUGUAGCACAUUGUGAUGCAGAGAAGAUUGGACUGUUACCUCUUUAUAGGUUUGCAAACAGGAAAUGUUUCUUAGAAGGAGUUAACAUUACUAAGAAAUCUAAUUUGUUGUCAUUAUUGAAAUAUUACAUUUCUAUUCAUUCUUGGGUUUUUAUGCUUUGUACCCUGUGUGAAAAAAGAUAUAAAUCAUAUCCCAUGUACAGACAAACUGAUACCUGUGUUAAUAGGAAAAUUAAAUGAUUUUGCAUAAUA